AUUAUUACCUUCAGGGGAUACCCUAGUGAGGAGUAUGAAGUGACAACAGAAGAUGGGUAUAUUCUCUCCGUUAACAGAAUUCCUUAUGGAAGAAAAGGCCGUGAGAGGAGCAAAGGUCCAAGGCCUGCUGUGUUUCUGCAGCAUGGUUUGCUUGCAGAUGCCAGCAAUUGGAUCACAAACUUGGAUUACAACAGCCUCGGCUUUAUGCUGGCAGAUGCUGGCUAUGAUGUAUGGCUGGGAAACAGCAGAGGGAACACCUGGUCCAGGAAACAUACACACUUCACAGUGAAGCAAGAAGAAUUCUGGGUUUUCAGCUUUGAUGAAAUGGCUAAGUAUGACAUUCCAGCCUCAGUGGACUUUAUUUUGAAGAAGACUGGCCAGGAACAAGUAUUUUACAUUGGGCAUUCACAGGGCACCACAAUGGCUUUCGUUGCUUUUUCAACUUUGCCACAGCUGGCUAAGAAAAUCAAAAUGUUCUUUGCCUUGGCACCAGUAGCUACAGUCAAGUUUGCCACUAGCCCUCUGGUAAAAUUGGGAGUGUUUCCCGACCUGCUACUCAAGGACAUGUUUGGAAAGAAACAAUUCCUCCCUCAGAAUUCGUUGCUGAAGUGGCUUGCUACCCACGUGUGCACCCACAGAAUACUUGAUGACCUUUGCGGCAACAUAUUCUUUCUUCUGUGUGGUUUUAAUGAAAGAAACUUGAAUAUGAGCCGAGUGGAUGUGUAUUCAACACACUGCCCUGCAGGGACAUCUGUACAAAACAUGAUCCACUGGAGCCAGGCUGUGAAGACUGGGGAACUCAAAGCUUAUGACUGGGGAAGCAAGGCUGCAAAUAUGGCUCACUACAACCAGUCUACUCCCCCUUUCUACAAAAUAAAAGAGAUGACUGUACCAACCGCGGUGUGGACUGGUGGACAGGACUGGCUGGCAGACCCAAAGGAUGUUGCUAUGCUGCUCACUCAGAUCACAAACUUGGUUUACCGCAAAAACAUUCCAGAAUGGGAACAUUUGGAUUUCAUCUGGGGCCUUGAUGCACCUUACCGCAUGUAUAAUGAAAUAAUUAACAUGAUUAGCAAAUAUCUCUAAGCCGGCAAUGGUAUUUCAGAGUAUUAGUUCACCAGGAAUUCGUCUUUUUGGAACAUACGCUUUUCUGGCAAUAAUGCUACAUUGUUUAUUUAUGAUGCAUUUUUAAAAUGCCAGCAAUGACUACUGAAUUGGAUUCAUAUUUGGUUUGUUUUCCUCAGUAUUAUUUCUCUCUCCUGCAGAAAUCCUCAUUGUAUCCUGCUGAUUUUGCACGCAGUGGCAUGGUACUCAAAAAACAGGAGUGUGACUUUGCACAAAAGGAGUAUGUCACGUGCAUAUAAAUUUAGUGACAUGUCUGAAAGACAAGUUAGUCCAUUCAGCACCUCAGGUGCUUGACAAUUAAAACAGUAAGUAUUUCACUGUGCAUGAAACACUGCCAUUUCUCAGUACGUUGCCAUUUCUGAGUACCUUUCAGUAGUACUCCUAGUACUGCAGUGACCCAUUUGGUGCUGGUACUUUAACAAGCACUUAGUGACUUUUUGCUGCAUUAUUAUUUUAGCCAUCACAUACAAGCUAGCUACGUCAGAUGACUUUCUUUUUCAAUAUUGCCCAGAAGAACUGUCAUGAAGCCAGAGAAGAUCACCACUGUCAGUUGAAAUCUCCUAUUUUGGGACUGAUUCAUUGCUGCAUUUUUCUUGAUUUAAUGUCCUGGUAUGUUUCACGUACCAGCUAUGGAUAAGGAUUGUUAUUUGCCCUUGCAGAUUCCUGGAACAAGAGAAGCGGUUAAAGAAAUACCACUUUCAGUUAGCUUUGUCAAUAGGUUAUGGCUUUCAAGGAGAAUGAUGUAACAUACUCGUGUUUUGUUUUCUUUGCACUGACCACUAAAAACCAAGCUCCCCCAGGUAUACUACUGGCGAGGGAAGAGCCAAAGCAUUAAUUCUAUAGCUUGAGUGACUUAAUUUGCAUGGACUUUUCCCUUUAAUCAUCUGCUGCUUUGAAGAUCUGUUUACUUCUUAGCUGCUUAUGUGGUGCUCGCCACCAUUGUGUUCAGGAACCGUACAACACCCUGGUGAAGCCUGGCAGUAUUAACGGCAGUUUCCAUUUGUCUCGGUUUCCACUUCAAACUGGGGCUAAGCCCCCAUUUAAUGGGGGGAGAGGAUUCACAUCUGCUUCAGGGGUCUGGCUUUGGAGCUGUAAUUGUCUGUAGUAUGGGUGCCUCGCUCUUUCCAUCGACUAUGCAGAGGACUUUGGCUCCUCUGAAUUGCACAAAAGUUCCAUGCCAAAUGUAGAGGUAUGAACAAUCUCCAGAGUCAGUUGCCUCAGUCCAGAUGGUAGUUUCUGUGCCAUGGUUGGAUUCAACCCAGAUUUCUGUCAGUAAUCCCAACAGGAUAAAAAGCCUUUUCUACGUGGCAUAGAAAAUAGUGCAUUUUAAACUGCGGCAAACUUUCUUUAUAAAAAAUAAUUGCAAAAAGAUGCAUAAGCCAUAAAUUAGGGUUUGUUUUUUGGGGUUUGUUUUUUUUUUAUUCCUAAUUCAGACUCAGGGAAUCCUCAGGCUUUGUUUAACUAAAAGGUGGUUCAUGAUAUUUCAGUUGCGAUUCCUAGCAGGACCUCUAAGUUUGCUUUAUAUUUGUAGCAGCCAUAUUUGCUUCACCUUGCUGUGCUGAAAGGAAGUUUCUGUAGGAAUCCAAAGUGGCUAACUUAGCAGUUGUGAGGGUAUGUGAUACAGCAAGAGCCAUGUGCAUCAUGUUCAUUAAACUUGAGAUAUUUCAAUAAACAUGAGACCUGC